UCAACCUCAGAUCCCUGUCCCAGCCCCACUCCCCUGCUUCCAGGCAGCCCUGGGAGGGGGGAGUGCAGUGGGAGCCAAAGGCUGGCCUCGUCGGGGCUGCCCCAGCGUGCCCCCGCCUCCCUCCCGGCGCAGUUUACCGGCGAUCAGGGGCCUUUGACGCGGGAGGGCGGGCAGCCCGGGCGGGGAUAAAGCUGGGCGGGGGCGCGGCGCCCCAGGACUCCGGGACCGGGAAGGCGGACGUGGCCCGCUGCUGACCAGCCUGGGAUUUAUGGAGAGGGCCUCGGGGGGCCACUCUGAAUACUGCCGGGCCCAACAUCCCCACCACGCCUGCUGCUGAGGAGGCCCCCGUGCCUCUCGCUCUCACCAUUGCCCUCGCCCGCCCAUGGCCCCUACUGUCCGGCCCCAGGCCGGCUCUGCCGCCUGAGCCCCCGGGCCCUCUCCAGGACUUGCAGUACCCUGAUGGGGUAACGUGACUGAGGCCCCGAGCGUCAGAGCCGCCCGCCACCACGGCUGCCGCCCACCACCCCUACCCCCACCCCGAGGCUGCCCUGUGGGUUCAGUUCAAGUUCAGGUUCCAUCUGGUCCUUGAGGGUCCGGGGCCCGCCUUCGAGUGCAGGGGGCCGCUUGCCCGUCCACUGAUGCGGACGGCGCCGGGCAGAGACCCGGCGGCAGACUCACUCUGGGCUUUGUGAGGGCUUCUUGGCCGGGGUUUGGGUGUCCCCCUUUCCCUUUGGCCCCUCAUCGGUGUCCAGCUCCCCGCGUUGGGGGCGUGGGCCGCCACCCUGCCCUGGGGGCUGUCUUCCCUUCUGCUUGUGAAGAGCCGGACUCGGGGCCCAGGCCCUCCACCCCCGGGCAUCGCACGGUGUCUGUGCAGACGGGACUACGAAGUGCUCUCUGUGUGUCGGGCAAGCACCGGGAUCUCCAUCUCCUUGGGGCGCGGGGGCUUGUGGGGGCCUCGCCUCCCCGGGCCUCGCCGCGACCGCGGAGCAGCAUGGCGCGGAUGAACCGGCCGGCCCCCGUGGAGGUGAGCUACAAGAGCAUGCGCUUCCUGAUCACGCACAACCCCACCGACGCCACCCUCAGCACCUUCAUCCAGGACCUGAAGAAGUACGGGGCCACCACCGUGGUCCGAGUGUGUGAUGUGACCUACGACAAGGCCCCUCUGGAGAAGGACGGCAUCACUGUCGUGGACUGGCCCUUUGAUGACGGGGCGCCCCCGCCCGGGAAGGUGGUGGAGGACUGGCUGAGCCUGCUGAAGGCCAAGUUCUGCGAUGACCCUGGCAGCUGUGUGGCCGUUCACUGUGUCGCCGGCCUGGGACGGGCCCCAGUGCUUGUGGCGCUGGCUCUCAUCGAGAGCGGGAUGAAGUACGAAGACGCCAUCCAGUUCAUCCGACAGAAGCGGCGCGGAGCCAUCAACAGCAAGCAGCUCACCUACCUGGAGAAAUACCGGCCCAGGCAGAGGCUGCGGUUCAAGGAGCCGCACGCGCACAGGACCAGGUGCUGCGUCAUGUAGCCCGGGGCCCCCGGGGCCUCCGCGCCGACCGCGGCCACCGCCUCACUGCCGCCGGCUCGCCUUCUCUCCCGGCCGUCGGCCCCUCGGCACCCCUGUCCGCGGCUCAGGCUCGCCCUGUGCUGGCUCCUUCCUCCGUUUGUGCCGUGUCUCCGUGCGCCCGUCCGUGCUUCCCUCGGCCCCCUGCCCCGUCUCUCUGAGGCUCCGUUGGGGCGACCCUGCCCACCCGCAGGGCCCGCUCGGGCUGGUCUGUCAGGGAGCGCGCGUGCGUUCUAACCACGGGGCCCCACUCCUCCUCCACGGCCUCUCGCCCCGACCUGGCCUUGGCACUUUCAGUUACUGGGUCUGGAGACCGUCCGCCGUCCUGGACCCUCAAAGGCAAUAAAGCAGGACCCCGUGGCUGUG